GAUGAACAUGAGCUUACCUUCCAUAUAAAGCUGCAGUGAUUCUCUCUAAACGUAGCAUACCGACUCAGCAUCUUCAGUACCCACAAGUCUUACAACCCUCCCAAUCCCACUAAUUUACUCAUCAUACUCGAACGCCGACAAAAUGGUCCGACUUUCCAUCUUCGCGGUUAUCUUCGCCGCCGUCACUGCUGUCGCCGCCGACGGAUACUGCCAAUGCCUCUUCGCGGAUGGAUCCCACUGCUGCGUUACUCAAUACGGCAUCGUCAAGGACUGCACGGCGCGAUGCAUCGACAACGGAAACUCAGACAAGAAGUGUAACGCUGGUGGCAAGUACUCGAACGUUGGCGGAUGGCACGCACAAUGGCGCCGCUCCUGCACGGACUGGACCAUUGGAAACGCAUAAAGUAAAAGAGCUCGUCAGGGUGCCUUGCGCAGUGCCACCCAAGCAAUUGUUUCUUUGGACACAUGGCAACCAAUUUUCCUUCUCCUGGUUCCCCUCAGUACUUGAGAUCAUAGGACCUCGCUGGAAAGCUCGCAUGUAUAUAGGUCACAUUUCCUUGAAGUCUUAGAUACAUGACUUAGAGGUAUGACAGUCAAUGAAACCACCUUAUAUACCUUA